AUGUCCUCAAGCUCCUUUCUCGAAAGCCUUCCACUAGAGCUGAUACAACAGAUCCUUUGUUUCCUACCUGAUAUUUCUUCUCUACUGUCAGCGGUCCUAGCCUCGUCCAAGGUGUACGCUGCAUUCAUCCAAGUCCAAGUGUCAAUAACUUCACGGGUUGUCAGGAAUCUCAUCCAUGAGGAUGUACUUCCCGAGGCAGUUGCGGCUUGGAAGUCCUCUUGUUUGGUGGCUCCAUUUACCAGGAGCAACAUUGAAGACUUUGUAAAUGACCAACUGCGAUCUCGACAAGAUCCAGCACUAUUGUCAUGGACCCUGUCUCAAGCUCUGCAACUCGGUCAUCUUCAACGCCAUGUCGCGCAUCUCAGUCUGGACUUUGCCUCACACUGUUCUGAAAAUCCGGUGGCAGAAGUCGACGUGAAACUCUUCUGGGAAGGAUUCCCCACGCCCACCGAGAUUCGUCGCAUACAACGUACGCUUUAUCGGUUCGAGAUAUACUGCAACCUGUUCAGGGCCCGGAAAAAACCUCCCGCCGCCGCCUUCGACGUCGACGAGCAUAGGACGGUCUUCUUCUCCAAGUUUUCGCCUUGGGAGAAUGAGCAGUUGGGUUGCAUACAUGAUUAUCUUUUCCACAAGGCGUCUCCAGUUUUUAUCGAGAUCACGGAACACGACGUGACCUGGGGCGCGACAGGAAUUCAAGACGCACACGAAUUGGACUCUCCUUACAUACAGCACAUCUUGUCCUUGGGGUUGGCAAAGCUUCACGCCAUAGCUGUCGCAAAGACUUACGAUGAAAGGCGUCGAUUGUUCUAUACACCUUAUCCCGCGGCUAACACGGAAUUCCUACGUGAAGGGCUAAUUCUUGCCAACGAGCGGUUCGAUGGGGUUCAACUCUCCGAAUACCAUGACCGACAUGGCGGUGAAGGGCGCGCCGAACACCUUUUUGCACCCUUCUUUCGUGAACCAGACACAGGCCCCUCCGAGGCAUGGAGUUGGGCACAUCAGCAUGAGACCAGGGAAGCUUUUGUCUAUUCCAAAGGAACAAAAGGGCUGCGUGAGCGAGGCUAUGUUUUCUGGGAUCGUUCUCGACUAGAGACUUGGCCGGUUUUCCAAUCGCCUUGGGUGUCACCCUAUCGUUACUACGAAAUCGAGGAGGUCCGGACAGGGCCUUAUCGGGAGAAGUGCCCGAGGAGAGCUCAAAUAUACGCUCUGGGUGGUAGGGGUUGGUGGAGCCCGAGCGAUGAGACCAAGGUCAUAUACCCGCCGGGACAAAGUCCGCCUCCGGUGCCUCAUCAAGGCAAAGGGAAGACGUCUCAACAGCCGGCGGACGAUUUUCAGCGCGUAAGGGGGUAUAUCUGA